AUGGACUUCUAUGCCGAUAUUGGAGCAAGUGACACACAGCGCCCGUCGUUGUUCGAGCUCCUUGCCCAGGAGCAAUUGCGCGACUUGCUACAACCUGCGGUCAAAUAUGUGCUGGCGUUCUUUGCGCAACGGUAUCCCCGUUAUUUGCUUCGCAUCGUGAACCGGCACGAAGAGUUCUAUGCCUUACUGAUGCUCGUCAUCGAGAGGCAUUAUCUCCGGACUACCAAUGCCUCAUUCUCGGAGAAUUUCUACGGCCUCAAACGACGAAAGAAGCCCAUAUUUGAGAUUGAACGGGCAAAUAUCGCCGCGGGCGGCGCCGGAGAUCAUGAAACACUCACCCCUCGAGCCCGUCUGUUGUCAUUAUUGUUUCUGGUAGGAGUACCGUACUUGCGUGCGAAAGCAGAGGAUGUAUACGAGCAACUGGGUGGAGGACUUGACCCGGAUCUCGCUGGUGCAGAAACCUCCCAACCACGGCAAAUCUCCACAUCACAGACCGCACGUGCUCGCAUGCUGGCUGCAGCGAAGCAAGCCUUCAAGGUCGCGUAUCCCUAUGCGAAUUCUGCAUACCAUCUUUGGCUAUUUGCAUGGAACAUCGCAUAUUUAUUUAACAAAACCAGCUACUACCGACCAUGGCUUGCAUUGAUCGGUGUUGAUUUGCGAAGAAUGACAGUGGAAGACAUGCGAAUGUCUGGCGUCGUGCCUUCAGCUGCAACACAGUCCCAGCCCUUGGUACAACGUCUCCUGGCCCUGUUCCGGCCGUCCACUAUCCUUUCAUCCCUGAAACAGCUUCUUCCACUUUCUCUUCUUACGCUCAAGUUCCUCGAAUGGUGGUAUUCCCCAGCAUCUCCCGCCCGCUUCAUUGAGCGAACCACACAAGGCCCGCCCAUACCUCCGCCUGCACCGCUCUCGCCCCAUCCAAAAGGUGUUGGCGUAGAUCCGGAAAAGUAUGGUCAAUGUCCUGUGUGCAAGCAGGAGAUUGUGAACGCGACUGCAUUGCCUACGGGAUGGAUAUGCUGCUAUGUAUGCGCGUAUCAAUGGGUGAAGGAAAAAGGAACGUGUCCAGUCACGAAAUUAGAGGUCAGGGUUGACGAAUUGAGGAAGAUUUUGGUGUAAAAAUGAAAACAAUGUAAUGC